AUGGCUAUAAGUGUUGUGGAUAAUCCUUUAACUGAAGAGGACCUUGUUGAUUACCUUGAAAACACUUUAAGAACAAGUUUCAACAUCACUGCUGAUGCUGCUAAAUAUUGUAACAAGAUUAUAAGCAAAUCCUAUGACCUUCCUAUAUUACCCCCACCUUCCCAACCAUCAACUACAGGUAGUACCAUUGAACUGAUGGAAGCUAUUUCAGAUUCUAAUUCAACAGACCUCCUUAAUGCUAUGGAGGUUUUGAGCCAUGAAGUUCCACAUUCUGAUGAAGAUCCCUUUGAAUUUGUCCCUGAUUUUAAAAUCAGCCAUCAACUGUUAAACGAACCAUUACCACAUCACAGCAAAGUGGAAGCGAAAGAGCAAGAUGUUAGGUCUGUGCUUGGCCGAAUCUUACGUGCAUUUCUUCCAAGUAUGUUUAAGAGGUCUGAAGACAGUUAUGUAGAUGAGAACUUAGAAAGGUCGUCAGCUGUUAGUGGAAGCUUACCCAGUUUUAAUGCAGAUUAUUUUAAAGAGAUAGCUGAAUCAAGAAGCAGACAAAAAGCAAUAGAAGCUUUAGCUUGUUUAGAUAUGUAUCAAAGUCUAGAACAGGGUAAUAGAAAAGGAAUAAAAGAAAAAGAAUCUGAAAGCACCGUCAUAUCUUACCCUUUACACCUUGCAUCAAAAUCUGUUCAAGCAGAUAUUAAUAAUACACCGGGCUCAUCAGCUUCCACACUCAAAGAGGUAAAUGUGGAAGUGUUAGAAGCAAGACAAAAUGAACCAGACUUAAGUUGGGUGGUAGAAGGGGAAGAAGACUUUACUUACAACGUGCAACAAAUGAAUCUAUCGGCAUCUAGAAAACCAAACGUUCCAUUCGUGGUACGAUCAAGACAAGAUUUGUUAAAUGUAUCAUCAAACAUAAGCAAUACAAAAGAACAUGUACAAGUAGGUAAAGAUCAACACUAUCAAGCUCCUUCAGCUGCUGGUUCAAAAAUACAAAGAAAUCUUAAAAAACAGUCAAGGUCAAGAAAUCAAUCUUCAUCUCGUCCUGGAGUCUUCACCAUCAAAGCAAACUUUCUUCCUACACCCUCAGCUCACGGUUCGUGGAAACAUAGUAGUACUGCCUGUGAGGAUGGUGGAAAUACAAACCAGAAUGUCUAUGGUGGAAAUACACAUUUCGGUCGUGUUUCAAACUCCAAUGUUAACUUGGGCAGUUCAAGUUCGCGUCAAAACUCUUACAAUAGACCAGGAACUAGUUUAUCUUCGCAGUUCCCCAUUGGUUCUUCACUUGUGCUGGAAAAUGAAGAGAAUAAAUUUAAUCAAAAUGCUCCAAUCCAAAACAACAGUCAGUACUGCGUACAAAGCAAUAUUCCAACUCCAACAGAUCCCAGCAAUUCAAGGUCAUCUGAAUCAAGCAAAGAUAAUCUUGACCAACUGUUCGACGAUAUACCGGAACAGCAUUGUCUCAGUAACAGAUCAUCUUUUUAUCUGAGACCAAGGUCUAUAAGGAGCCGUUUAAGCAACUUAUCCAAACGAAAGCGUCCACACGUUCUUACACAUCGAGUCUAUCCACCGAAGAAACCAUGGAAAGCAGAAGACGACGAUUCGUUGUCAGAUAUUCUGUCUUUUGCUUCCCAGCAAUCCAAAGUACAAGAACCGACCACGGAAUCCCAUGUAAACAUUGGUAUCCUGAUACGAUCGUUCCUCUGUAUUUCCUGUGCUGUAUAUUCGAUGGCAAUUGUUAUUUACCUGUGCAUGCGAGGUGCCAAUUGUCUAGAUGGAAAUGGACUUGAUCUGGUUGAAAAAUUCUGUAUAGACUUGUGUCUUUUAUUGGUAGUAGUUAUGCCAAUCGUUGGUUGGUUGUCAUUUAUUAUCUCCUUCAUAUGCCUUAAGGGGAAAGAGGUCUUUUCAAUAUUAAAACGAAACAGACUUUAAGAACAUGUUAUAGAGUUUGUUUUAUGUUAAGUUUUAUUUGUUUCUGUGG